GCGACACACGCGCCAAGAAUUGCCCACGAAAUCCAGUCGUAAAUACAUCAAAAAUAUUCUUAUUUUUUUUGUGUAGUACAUUUUUUUAAUACACUCGACGUGCCUGCUAUACAGUCAUCGGCCUUUGUGAACCAAGAGCAUGGACACCGAAGACGACGAAGACAAUAAAUCACGUCACGAGAGUAUCAAAUUCGAGACGGACUACAAAUAAAUGGAAAAAAACUGACUAAAAUUGAUUAUAUCAAACAACUAUGACAAUCACUCCGGUACAGUGGGUGUGUUGUGGUAUCGUGUUGCUGGUGGCCCUGUGUUCAGGCGGCCGGCAAUACGGGACACGAAAAAUUAGACACGAUCACAAAGGGCAGGACGAGGGGACGCAAUCAGACAUCGAUUUUGAAUUCGAGACGACCAAAGGUUUUCAGUUCGAUAACGGUGGAGAUUACAACGAUCCAUCCGAAGAAGGAAUCACAUUGGAUGUCGUCCACAGUCUGUACGACACCCGGAAAGGCGUCGUGCCCAAUAUAAUUUAUCAAGUGAGGAUGAACUGUUCGGCUGCCGCCUCGACAUUGUACAAUUAUACGAUCACAAUGAAUGGCAGACUACUGGCUCGGGGAGGUCAACCGGACGCCGACGGUGGAUGCAAUCUACUAAAAUUUGACUGGUCUGUGACAACGGCCGAUCAACAAUCGCACAAAUAUUUAACAUUUAAGUUAGAAUACAGUACUUUAGGAGCACCAGAUACCAACCAGUUCAAAAAAAGAAUACAAAUACUAAAAGACUGCGAGCUGUACAUGUUGGCCGCCGAGUCGGGUCGGCUGUCGUCCAGAGACUUGCCGCUGGCCCGCGGUCAACAGCAACAGCAGUGCGUGGUCAGGUUCGUGCAGCGACACCGCGCCAGGUUGGUGGUCGACGUCGUCAAGCUGAACGUGCCGUGCAAACGCGGACGGCUCCAAGUGUUCGGCCACCAGCCGGUGUGCGGCAAGCUGGAGGACCUGCGCGAAGCUGACCGGCACUACGUGCUGGACGCGGGCCGGUCGCCGCCGCCCACCAUCACGUCCACGGUGGGCCGGUACGCGUUCUCCAUCGUCUACCGGUUGGCCGCCAACUGUUUCGACAACGACGUGGCCCAGCAGAACGGUACCGUCGUGUUCACGCCCGGUUCCGAGUGCCGGUACAAAGUCACUCAACCGUACGGUUACCGGUUGCGGUUGCUCAUCAACUCUGUGCCGUUUGGUCAUCAGACCGCGGACGCAGACGUGGCUGUCACCGCUGACUACGACCAUGUAGCCACCACAGCCAAACCCAUGACGAUCGACACACUUCCAAUUCAUCAAUCAACCACCACGUGUCCGGGAACUUUGUUUCGGCUCACCGAUGGCGCGGUCGGGUGGUUCUAUUGCGCGCCGGUCGACGGUCCCAAACGACAGAUGUCUAUGGUAUCUGAGACGAACGUGGUGCUGAUGGAAUCAUCGUCAGCAUCAAUGCAUGUGCCAACGCUGGUGGUAUCGUACCGGGCCGAACCAAUACCGGAAGUAGUGUCGCAGUGCCCAUACGGUUCCGUGUCGCUUAGGGCGGGCCGGUGUCUGACCAUCAUUAACGAAUUGCUCAACUGGGAAGACGCCGAAGAAUAUUGCACUCAAAAUGGCGGUGGAGGUCAUUUGGCCAGCAUUGACAGUCAUCGUACACAAAUGCUCAUUGACACAAUAUUGAUUAAUAGCCCGAGUUAUAGUGAUAACGCUCCGUAUUGGAUCGGAGCUACAGACAUGAACAACGAAGGGUUUUUCAAAUGGACAGAUUCAUCGCCGUUCACUUAUUCCAAUUGGUAUCAAGGACACAUACACCAACCUUAUAGUGGACCAAAUUCAAAACAGCCUAACGACGAUGGACUUAGUAGACAAGACUGUGUUGAACUAAGACAAGUGUACAGGCCCCAAAACCGGUUGCUCAAGUACUUUAAUCGAAAUUCGUCUUACACUUGGAACGACCGCGAUUGUUCUGUGAAAAAUCGAUUUCUAUGCCAAACGCAACAGCACACCUCUUUAAACGAUUAUGAUCCGGACGAAUCGAGUUGUAAUGUCACGAUGAAAUUAACCAGCGAGAUGAGAUUCGCCUCGGUAUCGAGUCCAGGUUUUCCACAACCUUAUCCUGACAACCAAGAUUGCACUUUCAUUGUAGAAGUGCCUCGAGGUUAUCAGAUUGAAGUCGAAUUCGAAGAACUCAUGUUGGAAAACGAAUCAACUUGCAGUUACGAUUACGUCGAAUUAAUUCCGGGUGAUGACGACGAGGGCCCUAAACACUGCGGUGAUAAGAGCGACAUACUCAAACUAACUAGGUUCGUCACGAGGAGAACCAAAUUGAGGAUACAUUUCGUGUCCGAUUAUUCGCACUCGUUCAGCGGAUUCAAGGCUCGCGUAUCCGCCGAACACGUCAACAACGAGUGUGACGACGCGAGACAGCAAAUGUUCAAUGGGUCUUGUUAUUUGUUUGCCAGUUACCCGGAAGUGUCUUGGCACACCGCUAAGAGUAUCUGCAAUGGAAUUAAAGCGGAAUUGACGAGCGUCCAUAAUGCCGAGGAAGAACAGUUCGUCGAAUCUUUUAUUCGGGAAUCGACGGAAAGCAGAUCCGCGAUUUAUUGGUUAGGUGGAACGUGGAAUGAUAAAUCCUGGUACUGGGUGGACAACUCAACAGAAACGUUUUCAGCUUGGUUGGCAACCGACACUACGAACGCAAUGUCGUACAAGGAUAUGUGUCUCGCGAUUAGUUGGCUAUCGUCACCACCUGUAAAUUUACCCAGGGGUCUUUACUGGACCGCCAACGACUGUAACACGGUCGGAGGGUAUAUUUGUAAAAAAAAUCAAACAAAAUUAUCGGACCAAUACAAUUUAAACACCACAAUGUCCGGCGUAAAAGGAAUAAUAACGUCGUUAAAUUAUCCGGCCAAUUAUUAUCACAAUUUGGACUAUUGGAUACACGUGAUCGGGCCAUACCAGUCACGUAUCGUGUUCCAGUUUGAUUCAAUAAACAUUGAGCCACAAUCCGAUUGUCUUUACGAUUUCGUUGCCGUGGUGGAACCGAAAGAACGCGAAAAUCGAACAAUGACAGUUUGCGGUUACCGCGGAAGUCAUCUGGAAGAUUACAUCUUCGUUACUGAUUCGAAUGAGGCGUUCGUGCAUUUUCAUUCAGACUAUUCCGUGUCCAGUUCAGGUUUUCAUCUCUUGUGGAACACUGUCGACAUGUCCGGUUGUCCGUCGCAAACGCUGUCUGCUCUUGAAGGGCAAGUUGUCAGUCCAAACUAUCCUAACUUCAUACUUCCAAAUCUCAACUGCGUCACCAUGAUACUAGCACCAGUCGGGCACCGUAUAUGGAUCGAUUUUGUUGACUAUAACUUGGAUGAAUCCCAAACUUUCAAGUUGUAUCUGUCGAGAACUGCAGACAAUAUAACUCCGUUUAGAUAUCGAAACUCAAUUAAUGACGGUGCGUUUUUGUCGGAAGGCGAGAGCGUUAACAUCGAAUACUCUACAAACCGCAUGCCGAGAGGGAGAGGUUUCAAAAUAGCGUACAAAAUGGUGGUGGACUUUGACGAAGAACGCGCGAUCGUGCUGGAGAAUGACACAUCCGGAUUCAUGUACAGACUAAAUUAUCCGUUGCCGAUGCACUUUCCUAAAUUGCGAUACAAACAGAGACUGUUAGCUUCGAUCGGACAAAAUAUCCAAUUGCAGUUUAACCGAGUGGUGCCGGCGCAAAUGGACACGGCGUUAGGCCGUACUGUAUGCCCGGGACAGCAGUCAACGACUGUUAUCGAGAUCCACGAUCACUACGCCGCUGAGAACGGAACUUGGUGGCUAUUGUGUGAAAACACUGAACAGCCGAAAUCCGUGCCGAUAUCGAUCACUUCGUUUCUCAACUCGAUGUCCGUAGUCGUUGUUUAUGGCCAGAAACCGGCAAUGGAUAUAGCAUCCGCAAAUAUUUCAGUGAACGUAAAACCCGAUGCUGAAUCCAAAAAGAAACUUGUUGCCUUGGCAAAGAUUCCGGAAACAGCCAACAACACUAGAAUUGAGUCUUGCAAGCCCAAUCCUUGCGUAAACGGUGGUACGUGUGUUAUCCGAAAAGCAACGCACACGUAUCACUGCAAGUGUCACGGAAACUAUACUGGAACGUUCUGUUCGCUUACGUACUGUGAUCUGGGAUAUUGCGUUUUUGGCGAGUGUGUCUUAGCUGGCAGUAAUGGCUUUGAAUGCAAAUGCCAGUACGGUUACAUGGGACGGUUUUGCGAUAAAAAGAUCAAACCAUGCGAACUGAAUCCAUGCAAGGACCGAGGCGAUUGUGUGUCUUUGGGCGAUUCCGACUACCAAUGCAGGUGUUAUGCUUACUGGACGGGUGAUCAGUGCGAGAGAAAAGUUCUGCACAUCACGUAUAAGCCGUUAACGGAACGAAUGCUUCAAGAACCAUUUUGGCUGGGUCUACUCACCGUGUUCGUGGUCAUGGGCAUACUGGGAAUAAUAUGGUGUGCCAAACGUCACGUACCUGAAAAAAUUGAGAAAAUAUUAUCCGAAGAAGCCGAACGCAGUAGACACUUUACAGUGAAUGCUUCCGGGCGGAUGUCGAGCGUACGGGGUGAACUCCUGGUGCCGACUGUGAAAACAAACGGCGCGACACCAUCGGAGGGUGGUAAUUCGCCGCCGCCGCAGCCGAAAACGUUCCUCAGACGAUUGGGUAUACGAAAACCUUCAUUAAUGAGCCUCACCAGUCCGUUACAGACGGGCCGGACGGCCCGUACGUUCAGCCUGGACGAUUUACUCAGGCCACAAGUUCCGAGAUUCAAUCAAUAUCGCGCCAAACAAAAAAGUGCUUCGCCGUCGAAAUUUCGUACCACUAUAGCUGAUAAGUCAGAAAUACUUCAACAGCUCAUAUCACCUGGACUAGAACGACAAGCUAGUUUCAAUGACGAAAUCAACUUAGUAGAUAAGCUAUCGACUAAUAAUAUCGGGCCUAACGACAUUCUCUUACCACAGUCAAAUAUUUCACAAGAAACGAGUUUCUCAAACGACUGUUCAAUAGACGAAGCUGUUCAAAAAAUUGAAAAGAAAGUUACGUUUGCCAGGCUGAUGAAUAAAUUUCAAUCAGAAAUGAGUUCUACAAGUUCAGAAGUAGAAGCUCAAUCUAAACGAACUUUGAGAAGACCAUGUCCCAAUCAAGGCAGUGAUUCUUUGUCCAGUCUAGAAGGCGUACUAGAGAACCGAAAUCCAAAUACACUGUCACUAAAUCAAUACCAGCAACAAACGGGUCAAAAAGCCAUGAGCGCUGAUUCGAUUUUGGCCAUGUUUCGGAAUUUUAACACGGCAAUGGCGAUGACGGAAAUGAGUAAUUACUUAUCAGCAUCUACAACACCAAGUUGCUCUAGUCUGCAAGACGAAGUAGUAGGCAGCGAAGAUGAAUCACUAAUGUCAAAUACUGUUCAUUCGCCAAGUGGUGGCAAAGAAUCCCCCACGCGAUAUCGUUACUCUAACGUGAUUCAACUACCUGUGGUGGAUAUGUUGAGCUCACAACGAAACAAUUCAAAUAAUCCAUUAAACAGCUUGCAACAUCCUCCGUCCAUAUUACUUGAAGUACCCAACUAUCGUAUGGACUGUUUAUCGCCGAUACACGAGUUACCUACACCGGCGCCAUCACCAUCUCCCACGCCCAUCAUAUCGAGAAAGUCGGCGUUCAGUUGUCUAAAGGAUAUUGAUGAUUACCGCCACCAUCAAAAGCAACAGGAACCACCAUCCUUACAAGUGCCAACUGAACUACCAACAGCCCAAGCUAAACAACUGACUAUACCUACGCUGGUCAUACAACAGCCGACACCUAUCAAUUCGCCAAGUAUGGAGUUUCCUGGGUCACCACCACCACAUAAAGAGAGACCCCUCAACCGGAAAAUGUUGAAAGACAUGGAGAAGCCAAUAUCGUUGGAUCUGCCCGCGCCACCACCGGUCAUCACGGUUACGUGUAUGAGCGAUUCAGAUACGGAGUCUGUGACCACAAAAAACGGUACGGACUCGUCAAAAAACGGAGGAGGCAUGUGUUACCUUAGUCCAUUUUCUAUGUGUUCCCGGGCCGACAGAAUAGCUUCGGAGUCGAACCUCAGCUCAUCUGGGUACAGUUCAGGCCCUUCCCGGUGUAACUCAAACACCCGACUGUGCCCAUUGGACUGCGGAGAGGAACCAAGGCGCAUAUCGCCGCUGAUCCACACGCCCGAGAUCAGGGAGAUGGACUCGGAGACGACAUUUUCCGAAAACGAUGAUGAGGGUUUUGACACGGAAACGGCGGAACCAAAGACAGACCACCAUCACUACCGAAAUACGGAACUUGAAGCGGAAACGCAAAAGUCCGGUUUAACUACCACUAGCCUCAAGGUUUACACUUCUGGUUCUGAACCAGAGGCGCUUGGCCGUCACCCACAGCAACAGCAGCAGCCGGUACCGUCAAUUACAGUUCAACAGUAUCCGUCUACAUUGCACCUGUCCACGGACAUGCUGUACGAGAAGAGUCCAGUGAGUUCGAGGAGUGAAAGCCCGCUUAGUGACAAGACGGUAUUUAGGUUCUCGCCCAUGUUCUACGGCCGCAUUACUGACUCGGACAGUAUAUAUGAUUUUACGAGUUCGGAUUGUGCGAUGAAGAAACGGACAGGCAAAAAGAGAGAGCGAAAGAGGAGACACUUUGGCGGUGGCGGCAGUAUAAUCGGAGGAUCUGCGUGUACCACUCCGUCGGAGACGUUGGCGUACAGCAAUAGCGCUUUGUUAUUGGACGUACCUGGCAGAAACGACAGGAAAAAGUCCCGGUCCAAACCCAAUACUAGGAGACGGUCCCGGUCUCAGCAAACGAUAGUGCCGAGCUCAUCAUCGUCUACAGACAGCUUAAACGACACUACUAAUUACAGCAAUAGGCACAAACGUUCCAACGAUUCGGUGAAAAGAAAUCUUUCGUCGGAAAAUUGGUCGGACCGCGGUAAGAGUGGCGAAGACAAAAAAGCCGUUAAGAAGAAAACCAAGAGUAAUCGCACUGAAAACCGGAGAUUGAGAUUUCAAAACAAGACAGUCAGCGAUCAAGGGCAUUACGAAUCCGCACACGAUGAAGAGAGCGUUUCAAACUUCGCGUCACUUCCGUCGUUGCUGUCUACAGAUAACCGAGGUGCAGUUCUUGGAGCAGAGAUAGCCAUCACGAAUAAUAAAUGUAAAUUCACAACAGCGAGGUUUCAAAAAAGAGUUAUCGCUUCCGAUUAAGUCUCCCAUAUUUACCGCGGUGUUCUGAGAUUUUGUUUCGACAAAAGUUUCGAGUGUACAGCUUAGGAAUUCAAACUGCCGUUCAAUUGUAUUGCGCUUAUAAUAUAUAAAAUAUGUUUAUAAUAUUAUAUAACGUGAAUUUUGUUUAACGUUGAGAUACUCAUCGGUUUCAGUCAAUUGUUAUGAUUUAGAAGAAAAACAUGUUUUCUGUAGAAUUCGAAGUAAUUAUAUGUGUACUAUACAAGAACUUGAUUCGAAAUUUUUUACACAUAUUAAUGUAAGAAAAAUAAUUCUUUACUCAAUAAUAUUUCAUCAAUAUUUUAUUCGUUUUAAAUGUUUUAAUCGAAUUCAUAUUCUGAAAAAAAAUAUUUUUCUAUUUUUUACGGUGUACCUGUCUAUUCAAUAUUGCUUAAAAUGGUACAAAUAAAAAGACUACCAAUUUAAUGUGUGAUACAUGUCUUAUAUUGACAAUUUAAAAGAAGAAUAUAUUUUUCUUCCAAAUAUUAAACUUUAAAUAAUAGCCACCAUAUUCACGGCGAAAUAUCGCAAACAAUUUAAUAUUACAACAAUUGACGAAGCAAAUUAGUGUCUGCAACGUUUAAAAAUCACUCUGUAUACAUAUAGGUGGUAUAGACAAUCUGAGACGCGGUACACCGGUCUCCAAUCAUAAUACUACUACCGAAAAACCUUUACAAAACUGUAGCAAUAAAAUAUUGUUUUUCAAAAACAAUGUAGGGUAUUACAAUAAUAUAAUAUUUAUAUAGACUACGAAACAAAAUGCCUUACUUUUCUAUCGCUUUUCGAUUAGUAAAAUCUGUGAUAUUUUAACGUUAAGUUUUACCGUUAUUUUGUCAGAAAAAGGCCAAUGUUUUAAACUAUUUAAUAUUUAUUAAAAUAUGAUAUAAUAUUAUAUAUUUAAUAUUUAUGAUAUUAUGUUUACUAGAGUGCCUCUUUAAUUAUUGUUGAAUUGGUAUAAAAUUGUUUAUUAUUACCUAUACCUACUGAAUAUAUUAUAUUUAGGUUAGAGGUUCUUGCUCAUUCACUCGACUGUUAUUUAGGUAAAUCACGCUUUACUUUUGUUAUUUUCUAUAAUAUUAAAUAUUGAUAUAAUAUAUUAUAUAUUAAUUAAUAUUACGUGUGUAUUUGAUAUUAUAUGACUUUCUAGAUUAAAUAUGAUUCAAUGACGGUUUGAAAGAGCAUUAUAAUAGCGUAUUAUGUUUAAGAUAAAUUUUUGAGAUGUUAAAUGAAUCGUAUAGCAUGUACCAAUUCUUUAUAUUUAAAAAUCGGUAUAACUUU